AUGGAGGUCCCCGGGGCCACCCUGGCUGUCCCGCUCCUCUCCGCAGCCCCCCGUGAGUCUGUCCUCCCUUUCUUUUGCGCUGUCCCCUGCCGCCCCCUCUCCCCACUCUCUGGCCACGGCUUGGGCCACAGUGCCAAAAUCUUGUGCCCGAGCCCUGAUCAAUCUGUCCUGUUUCUCACGGUUGGUGCCAACACCCCGACCGCCUGCUGCUUCUCCUACAUCUCCUGGCAGAUCCCGUGUAAAUUCAUGGAUGACUAUUAUGAGACCAGCCGCCAGUGCUCAAAGCCCAGUGUCAUCUUCCAAACCAAAAGAGGCCAGGAGGUCUGUGCCGACCCCAAUGAGGACAGAGUCCAGGAAUACAUCACUGACCUGGAGCUGAGUGCCUGA